GAUCGUGGUGUACCUCAUGGAGAUCGGGCCUACUCAGCAUCGCAAGUGCUUCAUGAGGAUCGUGGUGUACCUCAUGGAGAUCGGGCCUACUCAGCAUCGCAAGUGCUUCAUGAGGAUCGUGGUGUACCUCAUGGAGAUCGGGCCUCUUUCGCAACUCAAGUGCUUCAUGAGGAUCGUGGCGUACCUCAUGGAGAUCGGGCCUCUUUCGCAACUCAAGUGCUUCAUGAGGAUCGUGGCGUACCUCAUGGAGAUCGAGCCUCUUUCGCAACACAUGCACUUCGUGAGGAUCGUGGUGUACCUCAUGGAGAUCGGGCCUCCUCAGCAUCUCAUGCACUUCGUGAGGAUCGUGGUGUACCUCAUGGAGAUCGGGCCUACCCAGCAACUCAAGUGCUUCAUGAGGAUCGUGGCGUACCUCAUGGAGAUCGGGCCUCUUUCGCAACUCAAGUGCUUCAUGAGGAUCGUGGCGUACCUCAUGGAGAUCGGGCCUCUUUCGCAACUCAAGUGCUUCAUGAGGAUCGUGGCGUACCUCAUGGAGAUCGGGCCUCUUUCGCAACUCAAGUGCUUCAUGAAGAUCGUGGCGUACCUCAUGGAGAUCGGGCCUCUUUCGCAACACAUGCACUUCGUGAGGAUCGUGGUGUACCUCAUGGAGAUCGGGCCUCCUCAGCAUCUCAUGCACUUCGUGAGGAUCGUGGUGUACCUCAUGGAGAUCGGGCCUACCCAGCAUCUCAUGCACUUCGUGAGGAUCGUGGUGUACCUCAUGGAGAUCGGGCCUCUUUCGCUCAUGCACCUCGUGAGGAUCGUGGUGUACCUCAUGGAGAUCGGGCCUACCCAGCAUCUCAUGCACUUCCUGAGGAUCGUGGUGUACCUCAUGGUCGUCAACCAGUUCCGUCGAUGUCUCGGGCCCAUGAUGGUCCUCGUGCACAGAGGGGCGAAGCUGGUGCCAGGUCAAGAAGUGCAGAAGGACAUGGCGAGCUUGGGAACAGGCCAAGGAAUGUGUAUGCUCGUGGUUAUGGUGCCAAGCGAUCUGCCUCAGCGAGUCCGUCGCCAAGUGGUGGUAGAGGAGUUGUGGGUGAGAGGUUGUCUGGAGGGGAUGUCUGUGGUGUCCCGCCGUUUGACCGAGCCUUCAGGGCUCGCUUGGAGCCUGAGCUAG